UAGGUGGAGGGGCGACCCCAUCCUGGGUGGAGAGCAGAGGUGGGCACCCCGGGAACAGAGGGGGCGUUGGCUUCCGGGGAUCUGUUUCUUCUCCUCUCUCCCCUCACCUCUCCUUUCUCACCUCCGCGCUUAAAAAAAAAAAAAAAAAAAAAAAAAACCCAAAAAGCGGAGCCGGCGCCUUUAAGAGGGAGCGUCGGUUCCCCGGGGGCGGGAACCCCUCGGCAGCUCGCAAGGCGCGCGCUCGGCCUUGGUGCUCCUCACUUUCGGCUCCAGCUCCUGCCUGCGCCUUUGCCGCUGCCAUCACCGCCCCCUCUUCUCCCUCCUCCCCCUCCACCGCCGCCUGGAAGCUUUAUUCUGGGCCGUGGAGGAGAGAAGUGCUAUGUCAGGAAAGUUCCGGGAGGAACUGGCUGGGGCCAUGCUCCCUGCUCUCCUCCUCCGGUGCCUGCGCGCUGCGCUUUGUAUGAGGCAAAAGGACUCCUUUACAAGAUGGAACACCUUGUCUGUUUUCCAGAAUGUGUUUCCAAGCCCGUCAAUGGAACCUAAAACUUCUGUUCUCCUUUGAGAUGUUUGAAGAAUCCCCACAUCUCUGCAUGUAUCAUCCAUCCUGAAACCAUGGUGGUCUCAGCAGUAUUGACUGCAUCUCAUGUUGGGCCGUCUAACACGACGUUUGUAGUCUAUGAAAACACCUACAUGAAUGUUACGGUCCCUCCACCAUUCCAGCACCCGAGCAUCAGUCCUCUGCUUCGGUACAGUUUUGAAACUACGAUUCCCGCUGCUUUGAGCUCCUGGACAGUGAAUAGCACAGCUGUGCCCCCAACACCAGCAGUUUUUAAGAGCCUGAACUUGCCUCUCCAGAUCAUCCUUUCUGCUAUAAUGAUAUUUAUUCUCUUUGUGUCUUUUCUUGGGAACUUGGUAGUUUGCCUCAUGGUUUACCAAAAAGCUGCCAUGCGAUCUGCAAUUAACAUCCUCCUUGCAAGCCUGGCUUUUGCAGACAUGUUGCUUGCAGUGUUGAACAUGCCCUUUGCCUUGAUAACUAUUCUUACUACCAGGUGGAUUUUUGGGAAAUUUUUCUGUAGGGUAUCUGCUAUGUUUUUCUGGUUGUUUGUGAUAGAGGGCGUAGCCAUCCUGGUUAUCAUUAGCAUUGAUAGAUUUCUUAUUAUAGUUCAGAGGCAGGAUAAGCUAAAUCCAUAUAGGGCCAAGGUUCUGAUAGCAGUAUCUUGGGCAGCUUCCUUUUGUGUAGCUUUUCCUUUGGCUGUAGGAAACCCUGACCUGCAGAUACCUUCCCGAGCCCCCCAGUGUGUGUUCGGAUAUACGACUGACGUAGGCUACCAGGCAUAUGUAAUUUUGAUUUCGCUCAUUUCUUUCUUCAUACCCUUCCUGGUAAUACUGUAUUCAUUUAUGGGCAUCCUCAACACCCUGCGUCACAAUGCCUUGAGGAUCCACAGCUACCCUGAAGGUAUAUGCCUCAGCCAGGCCAGCAAGCUUGGUCUCAUGAGCCUACAGAGACCCUUCCAGAUGAGUAUUGACAUGGGGUUUAAAACGCGUGCCUUCACCACUAUUUUGAUUCUCUUUGCUGUCUUCAUUGUGUGCUGGGCUCCAUUCACCACUUACAGCCUUGUGGCAACAUUCAGUGAGCACUUUUACUAUAAAAACAACUUUUUUGAGAUUAGCACCUGGCUGCUCUGGCUCUGCUACCUCAAGUCUGCAUUGAACCCCUUGAUCUACUACUGGAGGAUUAAGAAAUUCCAUGAUGCCUGCCUGGAUAUGAUGCCCAAGUCCUUCAAGUUUUUGCCACGGCUCCCUGGUCACACAAAGCGAAGGAUACGUCCUAGUGCUGUCUAUGUGUGUGGGGAACAUCGGACGGUAGUGUGAAUAUUGGAACCAAAUGACAUUUCGGGGUUGCUCUGAAUUGACUUUGUUUUCUUCCACAUGCUUCUCUAGUUAGAUUUUAUUAUUCCAAAUAUUGUUUUUGUGUGUGUGUGUAAGCAGAUGUAAAGAAGGAUGUAAAGAAUAGUUACAUUUCUGUUACCCAUGAUACACAAUGGGAAAGUGAUCACAAAUGAUACCUCCAGGAUUCAAGAGAAAUCCUUGCUUUAGAAUGGGGAAAUGGGUUUUUGUUUGAUUGAGUUCAGUCUUGCAGUAGGAAUAAAGAUUGUGCUUUAUUGAGCCUGCAGUUACACUGACUUGUAGGCCUUUUGUAUGCUGCUAAAGGUAUGUGUAGUUGUAUUUAUAGGUUCUGUUCUGGAAAACAUUGCUGCUUUUUGCCUUCUUCAUGGAGCCAAAACCUGUAUCUGUCUAAGUUGGAAAAUAUUUAGUUUUAUUUUUUCAAAUAACCUAAGGAGGUUAGUGACGUUUUAAAGGUUAUUACUAUUUACUUUGGUGCACUUUUAG